AUGGACUCAGUCAACACGUAUCCACCAACAGGACUAGCACGCCUCGUCUCGCAAGCGGGCGUCGCCAAAUCCCGGCUCAGCUAUCCGGAAAUUGCCAUCAAGACAUUCAUGGGCGGCGUUUUUAUCUCAUUCGGGGCCCUCGCAGACCUGGUCAUCGCCUCGGGGUGUCCCGGCCUCCGCGAAUCCAACCCGGCCCUUGCAACGAUGAUCGCCGGCUUCACGUUCCCGCCGGGCCUCGUGCUCAUCAUUCUCACGAACAUGGAGCUAGUCACCAGCAACAUGUUCGUGAUGCCAUUCACCUGGUUGCAGAGGAAGAUCACACUCUUCGACGUGAUGAAGAACUGGGUUCUCGGCUACAUUGGCAAUCUCGCAGGCGCCCUCUUUGUGGCAGGCUUCCUCGCCUGGUGGACCGACUCACUGAGCACGGACGCGGAAUCAGCCUACGCCGUCACCCAGGCAGAAGGGAGGGUCAACGUCCAGUGGAGCGCCAACUUCCUCCGGGGCAUUGGCUGCAACUGGUUCGUGGCGCUGGCGUUGUUCCUCUCGCUCGGCAGCGUCGAGUUCGUCAGCAAGAUCUACUGUAUCUGGAUACCGAUCUGGGCGUUCGUCAUCCUGGGCUACCAACACAGCAUCGCCAACUUUUUCCAAGUGCCACUUGGGAUGUUCUACGGGACGAACUUUGGGGUCGGCAAGUUUAUAUACCAGAGUACUAUACCCGUCACACUGGGGAAAAUUGUCGGUGGAAUGAUAUUUGGGGCUAUGGUCUUUUGGUGUUUGUAUGGAAGACACGACGAGUCCCAUGAAAAGGAAAAGUCGCUUGGUUCUGACCAGGAGGAUGAUCACGCUGCCAAAGAGAUGGAAGCGGGUACCGCUCUCGGGGUAUCUCAUGCUAGGAAUGGCAGUGUGUAUAGAGGGCCUUAUGAUCGAACUAGCUUGGCCGGUGCUGUCUGA